UUGUAGUUGCCAGUUGCCUGCCUCAGCCAACAACAAAGCCAUCUUCGACUUCUUCUUCUUCUUCUUCUUCUUCUUCUUCGUCAAUUACUCAAUUUCUAUUUCAUAUAUUUCUUAUUAUAAUUCAUUAUUACAAUUUUUUACUCCAAUUUCUAAUGAGACCAAUACGCCUUCCCGAACCUCCCAGCCCCACCAUAGGAGUGCCGGAGAUCUUCGAAGGCGGCGCCUACAGCGUUAUCAGACGCGCCGUCAUCAUCGGCAACGGCUACCCUGGAUCCGAGAAUCAGAGUAUCGGGUUGGUCCGAGCUCUCGGCUUAUACGACAAGCAUGUUCUUUAUCGAGUUACGAGGCCAAGAGGAGGGAUAAACGAGUGGCUUCUUUGGCUUCCAGUUAGUCUUCACCAAAAAUUGGAUUAUCUCAUCCAGCUCAUUCAAAUUUACUCCCGAGGGAGGAAUUAUGUGCCUUUACCUCUAGAAAAUGGUGGUGGAAGUGUUGGCUUGGCUUCUGUUUUAGAAGCUGAUGUUAAGCAGAUCGUAACCAUGGCUCGCCAGACUUUUGAAAAGGAUGGUCCUUUGCUGGUUGUUGCAUCAGGAAGAGAUACCAUUUCAGUUGCAAGUUCUAUAAGACGUUUGGCCUCGGAGAAUGUUUUUGUCAUUCAGAUACAACAUCCUAGGUCACAGUUGAAUAGGUUUGAUUUGGUGAUCACCCCUCGUCAUGACUUCUAUCCAUUAACUCCUCAAGCUCAAGAACAGGUUCCACAGUUUCUUCACAGGUGGAUUACUCCGCGUGAACCUCCUGAUAGGCAUGUGAUACUCACUUUGGGAGCUCUACAUCAAAUUGAUUCAGCUACACUUCGCAGCACAGCUGCUGCAUGGCAUGAUGAGUUUGCACCUCUGCCAAAGCCCUUACUAGUGGUUAACAUUGGCUGGCCUACAAGCCACUGUCGAUAUGGUGCAGAUCUUGCAAAGCAGCUAACUGCCUAUCUUCUCAAUAUCCUUUCAAGCUGUGGCACUGUCCGAAUAUCCUUCUCCAGUAGGACGCCCGAAAAGGUAUCAAAGAUUAUUGUGAAAGAAUUUGCUGAUAAUUCAAAAGUUUACAUCUGGGAUGGUCAAGAACCAAAUCCACAUAUGGGGCAUUUAGCUUGGGCAGAUGCUUUUGUCGUCACAGCAGACUCGGUUAGUCUGAUAAGCGAGGCUUGCAGUACUGGGAAACCUGUCUAUGUUAUGGGGCCUGAGCGUUGUAAAUGGAAACUAUCAGACUUCCAUAAAUCUUUAAGGGAACGAGGUGUGGUUCGGCCAUUUACAGGUUCUGAAGAUAUUGCAGAAAGCUGGAGCUAUCCUCCCCUCAACGACACGGCAGAAGCAGCAAGUCAGGUGCGUGAAGCACUUGCUGAGCGUGGAUGGAGGGUUCGGCCAUAACUGAAGGUGUCGAUAGUUGUUGUUGUAAGCACACUGUUGAUUUCCUUAUUUUUGAAACUUGAAGCCUUAAGAUUUGGGUUUGUUGAAUAGCAUAUAAAAAUACCACCUUCAAAUUCAUUCUUCCCCAUUCAGGGAUUUUCAAAAUAUUGUUACAUGUAGAACAAAGGCCUUAGCUAUUUAGAGCGGCUUGUAAAGCAUGAAGAGGAGGGACAAGCAUAAAUUUAUUUUAUUUUUGGAAGAGUUUGAUUUACACACCUGAAAAACAGAUCUGAUGAAAUGAAAUUUGACAACACGUCAUGCCAACAA